GGAGGAGGAGGAGGAGGAGUCCCAGCAGCCUCCUGUCCCACAGCAGAGCACAGGCAGCCUGUCGGACGCUCCGGUCCUCUCCGGAGCGCGCAGAGCGGGGCAGAGAGGCUCGAGGACCCGGCGGGCAGCCCGGAUCUCUGAGGGACCGUGAUGAUGUGAGAAGUUCAGCCUGAAGGAUCGGAACCAAGCAGAACCUGUUUGGCACCGACAGGCGCGCAUCAGCAGGACCUCUAGUUUUUAUGUGAUUUACGCAGAAUGGAGUCAGAACUUCAGCAUAAAAACACAUUUUUGUCUUUUUAACUGAGAAGCUUUAUUUAAAAACUGUCCUCCCCACCGCGGGGGGUGAUCCGGACAUGGAGCCGGAGGAGGGGAAGGUCUCCGUCUGGGUCUGCCGGGAGGAGAAGCUGGUCUCCGGGCUGACGAGGCGAACCACCUGCGCCGACAUGGUGAAGGUUCUGCUGGAGGACCAGAACCUGCAGCAGGGCGACUCGGCGGCGAUGCUGUCCGGGUCCCCCGAGUCCUACUGCGUGGUGGAGAAGUGGCGGGGCUUCGAGAGGAUCCUGCCCAACAAGACCAGGAUCCUGCGGCUGUGGAGCGCGUGGGGGGCCGAGCAGCAGAACGUGCGCUUCGUCCUGGUGAAGAGCGACGCGUCGCUGCCCAACAACGGGCCCCGCAGCGCCGAGGCGCGGGUCGUCCAGAGCCGGGAGAGCGGGGGUCCGGCCGCGCUGCUCAAGGGCACCGCGAAGAGCUGCUGGAGCGCCGCGGCCAGCCUGUCCCAGGACCGGCAGCGGCGCAUCGUCAGGAAGGCGUUCAGGAAGCUGGACAAAAUGAACAAGAAGAAGGAGCAGGUGGUCCCCAAGGAUCAGGGCUCUGUGGAGAAGAUGGAGACGCUGGUCCAUCUGGUGAUCUCCCAGGACCACACGAUCCGGCAGCAGGUCCAGAGGAUCAAGGAGCUGGACCGGGAGAUCGAGCACUACGAGGCCGAGGUGCACUUGGACCGGAUCCAGAGGCACGGGGUGAACUACGUGCAGGACACGUACAUGGUGGAGUCCUCCGCGGAGCCCCUGGCCCCGGAGCGGCAGGACGCGCGCGGAGCGGAGGAGGACGCGCUCGCGCAGUUCGAGGAGUACGCGCGCCGCUGCGACGAGGUGGUCCGGCUGCAGGAGGAGCUGACGGAGCGCGAGGCGCUCCUGGAGAGCAUCGCCGCGGAGAUCCAGGAGGAGCUGAACCGGAGGUGGAUGAAGCGGCGGCGGGAGGAGAGCCCCGCGGAGGAAACGGCUCCUCCCGCCUCGGAUCCAGCCGCGGAGCCGGAGGCGCAGAGCCUGUCGGAGAACGAGCUCCUGCUGGAGGAGGAGAGGGUCAAAACGCAGCUGGACACCAGCCUGUACAUCGGCCUGAGGCUGAAGACCGACCUGGACUCCAUCAGAGGGGACUUGGACCUGAGUCUGGCACUCUGGGAAACCAAAGAGAGCGAACUGCUGGACCUGCUCUCCAGAGUUGAAACCAUGGAGAUCGAGCCAGCGAACAGAACUGACGCCGGUUCGGAGGAGCUGCCUGCGACCGGCGCUGAGGCCCACCCGGGGUCAGCGGAGGGGAGCAGCGGCUGGGUGGAGCAGGUCCGGGGUCUGUCCAAGGCCUGCAGCACCAACGACGAGGACUCGGACACCGGGCUGAGCUCCAUGCACAGCCAGGACUCUGACAACCCGCCUGUGUGCGAGUCUCUGGUGUAGCCUGGCCCAAACCAGAGCCACACUUAGGGGUUCCUCAGGGAUUCCUCAGGGGUUCCUCAGGGGCAGAGGAACCAUGGAGACACUGCAACACUAAAGCAAUAAGUUCUUAUGUAGUCAUCGCUAGGGCUGCCACAAACGAUUAUUUUUAUAAUCGAUUAAUCACAGAUUAUUUAUUCGAUUAGUCGACU